AUGGCCGCCCCACUGAUUCCGGAUCCGCCGUUAGAGCCAUCUCCUCCUCUAAAAUAUCCCACCGUCUCCCCCACCGAAGUCACUCGAUCAGAUCGGAUAAGAAAUCCUCAUUGCUGGUCCAAUCUUCCUCAAGAACUCUUGCUAUUGGUUUUUGAACGUCUUGGUUUUGCCGAUUUCGAACGAGCUAAAUCUGUUUGUUCACCUUGCCAAUCCGCUUCGAGACAAGCUAAACCAAACAACCAAAUCCCUUGGAUGAUUAUAUUCCCCAAGGACAAGAAUUAUGGUCUCUUGUUUAAUCCUGAAGAAAAAGACAGAGUUUACAAAACCCAAGACCUUGGCAACGACUUUUCCCGGUGUUUUUGCAUGGCGACUUAUAGAAGCUGGCUGUUGAUGCUAGACCCUCUCUACACUGACGACUUUCAACACAAUUUUUAUAUUUUAGAUCUUCUAACCCGCGAGAGGAUCAUCAACCUACCAACUAUGGCAUCAGGGCUUCACUCUCCAGUAUUUUGGAUAGACGAGAAAACCAAAGAUUACCUAGUCAUUGGGAUGUUUGGCGAAGAUCAUGCGGUUUGUCUCAAGAAAGGAGAUAACUCGUGGAAACAAAUUCCAUCCCUGUCAGGUAUCGAAGAGUGUUUUAACAUGGUAUACAAGGAUCAUAAGCUUUAUUGUCUCAACUAUUGUAAGCUCAAGAUUUUCGAUUUUUCUGGAGAAAUUCCGGUGAAAAUUUUCAGCAUUACCGUGCCUGGAUGCAUAAAACCAUUAUUGAUGCUUCCCGGAAGAUUUCCACAUAAUUUCUCUUGGACUCGUAUGAAGAAUAACGUAGUUGUUACGGUAAGUGGACAUGUCUUAAUUGUUAACUGCAUACGUCGGAGUAUGUCCAAAAUAUGGAACUUUGAAAUCUACAAGAUGGAUUCACCGAAAGGGAACAAGUGGGUGGAGAUUUUUUCUUUGGGAGACGAGGCAAUUCUUUUGGAUUUGGGCAUCACAGUGCUCGCCAAGGACACUGAAGGUAUUAAGAAAAACUCGAUCUACUUCAAUGGCACUGAUUUUGAAGGUCAAUAUGAUGGAAAUGAUAGCUUCAUAUUUAAUCUUGACACAAAGACGAUUGAACAACCACACCAAUUUUUUUGCUCGUAUGUUCCAUGCUCUAAUGUGCGAUGGUUCUUACCAUGUUUCCAACGGGAAUAA